AUGACACAGGCAGCUACGAGCUUCGUUGCCCGCAUUACCUCAUCUGCGCGAGAGGCGGCACCAGCCAUGGCGAAGGAAGUCGCCAAGCUGGGCGGGAUCUACUCCGUGCUGACCGAAGAAGAGGUCGAGGCAUGGGUGUCAUCGGAGGGAGACCCGAAGCUACCGAGCGAGAGCAUUACGGCGGCGUUUCGACAGGCGGAACGCUUGUUCCCUAAGGAGCAGGACGGCGGGGAGGGCGGCGACAGCCUCGAGAUCAACUACAGGGACAUCGCGAUUCCGAGGCUGUCGGAAAUUCUGUCCGAGCUGGUUUGGCGUGUUGUCGGUGGCGAGCUGAGCGUCGACCUGGCCAUCAGCUACCUUGCCUCUGACAAACCUUUCGCCAAUCGCCUUCGGGCUAAGGAGGAGCAGAGCGGGGACAGAGAGAGGGAAGCAGGGGAUGCAAAGAAUGAAGUUGGUGAAGCGAAGGAGGGCGGGGAUAAGGCGGAAACCGAGGAUGCCGCGGAACCCUUGCCGCUUCAGGAGGCCCUCUGUGAUACCGUUUGGGGUGUCGAUGUUAUGGUCCGAGGAACUGUCGAGGUUCUUGCCCUCGAGAAGCUGAGUCCUCUCCAGAAUGAACAGUGGGGCAGGCUGUGCUCGUUCGUGCAGCGUCUGCGCGCCGACGAGCUAGUGCCUCAGAGGCUCUUGCUGGUGUUGCUGUCGGACGAACUGUUGGUAGGCUCCAAGAUGGUGGCAGCACCGACGACGGUGAAGGGCGGCAAACAAAUCACGCCCCUGGCACGGUCUAUGCUCAAGAAAGGAACGGAAAUGGUGUACAAGCAACACCGCUUCAACCUGCAGCGGGAGGAGACGGAGGGGUUCGCCAAGCUGCUGGUCCUCCUGGCGGGGGUUCGAGACAGUGGCAACGGGAGAGGCAACGCCGGCGCGGAUUCAGAAGAGAACAUGCGACGACUUAUCGGAUAUUUCGACCUGGAUCCAAACAGGGCUCUUGACCUGACCCUUGAUGCACUGGAGUCCGACCCGGCGAACCGCGGUCUGCUGCGGCUGGUGGGGAGGUUCAACAAGGACAGCGUGCCUCACGUCAUUGGCUUCAAGCUGGCCCACUACCGGAACCCAUCUGUGGCGAAGUACCACAGGGCCGCCAUGCGAAGCGCUGUCAAGCACAAGGAGAUUGACGCGGCGAGGUACAAGAUUCAAAUCGACAAGGUGACUCCUCGAUCCCUUUACGUGUUAAUCGCGGUGCUGCUUGCGACGGGAACACUGACCAUGGACGAGAUUCUUCGGCACGUGUCUCCUGGGAUCGCCACUCUGGCAGCCAAGGAGAAGGAAUACCUGGCGGAUCUCGAGACGAAGAUAUCGAAGGCAGGAAACAAGGUGCCCAAGCUUGACGCAGAUGGAAACAUGGACUCGGCCGCUUCAUCCGCAUCUUCUGACAACGCCAUGAGCAAGUUGGGCAGCAUGGGCCCAUUGGCGAUGGUCGGCGGCGGGGGCUACGGCGGUGGAAUGAUGGGGGGGGGUAUGGGAUCUGGGACCCUGUACGGCGGCAGAGAUCGCGACGGCAGAAACGGAGGUAUGGGUGGCGGACACGGUGGUUCCAGCGCCAGAGAUCGCGACGGCAGGAGGGACGGCAGGGACAGCAGGGACAGCAGAGAAAGUGGGCGGCGUCAAAGCGCAGACAACAGCGCGGGUGUUAAGGCUAACGGGAGCGCGGUGGCGGCGGGUGGUGCAGGAGAUGGAGGGGUUGAUGACGACAGCGUUCCUUCUGGUGCGGACAACCAGCUUUAUGGGGUCCUGGAAGCUCUACUAGACCUCAGGGCGUGGACAUUGGCUAGCGGGCUGCUGGCUAGCCUGACCAAGCAGGGUAUCGAUCCGUUGAGGGACUACGGGGUGCGGGAAGCAUUCAAGAGGCUCGUGAAGGACAGCAUUGACGGCCUGGCAAGCCGCUACCCGAAGCCAAUCGCGCUAUACUCAGCCGGGACAAAAAGGGGGCCCACCGCCACCGUGACAGCAGCGGCAGGCGUCCCAUCGUCUCCUGUGCCCUCGCUGUCCGUAUCAGUGUCUGGGAUGGCUUCCGACGCAGAGGAAGCGGAGGCCGGCGAGGUUACGCUACCGAUCACGUCGAAGACUGCCGUCUCCCGCAGCACCAUGGCGAACGGCAUGACCCUGCCCCCGACGCUCAAGAGUCCGCCGGCGAGUAUUCUGAAGGACUUGAAGGACUUGCAGCGAUUGCCGGGGUACGGUACCGGGUUCGUGAAGCCGGAAACCCUUUCGGAGGCGGUGGGAGUGCUGGCACCGCUCUUGAAGAUCGUGGGGCCGUAUCUGGGCCGAGAUCCGACCAUGUUUGCGAGGGUAUGCCGCGUGCUCGCUGCUGUGAACUCACGGAACCCUCUAAACAUCGUCGUGAAGACCAGCACGAGCAGACGCAGCAGCGGCACCAGCACGAGCGCGGCUGCCAAGCUCGCUGCCACAAAAGCUUCCGCUGUUGCCGCCGCUGCCGCCGCCGCCGCUAGCAGUGGGGGCGGACAAGGCAAAAACGCCGAAGCCAACGGCGGAAGCACCGGCAGCGGAAGCACCGGCAGCGGAAGCACCUCUACCACCAACCCUGCGGCGGCGGAGGCGGCGGCUGCCGCUGCUACCAAAGUUCCGGUGGGCGCGAAGGAGGCCACUGCGAAAGAUCCGUUGAAGGCGUUCCACUCACUGUUCGGGCUCUCUCCCGCGGAAGCGAAGGAGCUGCACAGACGUGGGGAGGCGGAAGGGGGCGCGGGGGCGGGCGAGGCGGCGCUGAAGAACGAGUUGGACAAAAGAAAGGCGGCGUACGUGAGGGUGGUGUUGACCAUCGCACCGUCUUUGGGGAUGACUCACGCUAAUCCGGGAAUGCAGCAAGAGGUUUGGAACAUGCUGGCCGAGCUGCCUUACGUGGACCGUUUCAUGCUGUACGGAGCCUGGAGGGGGCACGGCAUGGAGAAGAAUGCCCUAGGUGUAAAGCACCCGCAGUAUGCCGUUGCAGAGAUUGCGGCGGGGGCGGAGAUCUCGCGGCUGAUCAAGAUGCUCACCUCGGACAACGUUAAGGACAUGGCCCGCAAGCUCGGCAAGUCCUCCCACUCCCACCCUCUCCUCUUCGCGGAAAAGGCCCUCAACCAGCUCGAGAGCUACGACAACUUCAUCUCGAUGGUGGCGGACAGCAUGAGGUUUGUUGGGAAAACUUUGGGGCUGGACUGCAUGGCGUACACCAUGGUGCAGCAUCUCUGUCAGAGCAACCGGUCAUUCGUCAGCGACAGUGGCCUCGACUUGGAGAGGCGAGUGGGUUUCCAACCUGUCGACGUUUGCCGGGCUGCUCCACCGCAAGAAUCCGGAGACGGACAGCAAGCCUCUCCUCUCAUGGGCAGUGAGAUCCCUUGGGGAGGGGGGAGAGCCGGCUAUGGCCGCGGGCAAGGUGUCCUCCGCGAGGUGUUGCACAAGGCCGGAGGCGUGCAGGUGUUGGACGGCUGGAGUAUCACGCAGGCUCAGGUGGACGGAAAGGGCGGCGGCGACGUCUUGAGGCAGGAAAACGCUUCAUUCGGGUCUACGGUCAAGCCCAUCAAGAGGGCCAAGAUCAUCCUCCAGGAGGCGACAGAGAAGGCGGGAGCGUCGCUGCCGUUGCUGGUUCUCCCCGCCCUCCAGGCUGGCUCUUUGCUGUACGAAGGCGGAUCUCUCGAAGACCAGAUGAGGGGCAAACCGCAGCCUCACCUCAAGGUGCUGGGUCAUCGCGCCGAUGAGACCCACACGACGCUGCUGCAGGCCAUGGAGUUCGUGUGUUCUAAGGCUUGGAUCAAAUCGAAGUGUCCCACCAUCAAAACUCUGCUGACGACGUACGGGCUGGAGCCGAGGGUGGUAUUCCAUAUCUGGCGUCCUGUGAUCAACGAAAACCUCAUCAAGUGCUGGUUCCCCAAGGCUGGCACCAAGACGGAGAGAGAGCAGCGGGAUGAGGCGAUAGCUAAGAGGUUCAUUGGAGAGCUGGAGGCAUCCAUCACGGAGCUAUCGAUUGUCCCAGAGCAUAGCCCUCUCACGGCUAAGCUUGUCCUCAUCUUCUGGGCGCUUUCACUGCCCGACGUGUACAUCCCCACGAAAAAGUACGCCCAGGUGGUGACGAACAUGCACGAGGCUAAGCGUAGGGCGGACAGCAAGCUCCAGCAGGCUGAGGAGGAGGGCGUGGCGAUGAGCAAGGCCGAGAGGUCUCGCUACAUGCUGGACAGGAAGACGAGUCCCGCGGUGGCGACAAAGCUGGAGUUGGAGAAGGCUUCGCAAAGCGCGCACGUGAAGCGGGUCAAGAACAAGCUCAGGGAGAUCAAGGCCAGCCUCUUCGCCGCCAGGGAUAAGCACAAGACGGGCGCAGAGACGAUCGACGCGGUGCUUAAGCACCUGGUGGCGCCGCGGAUGGGAAUGGGACCAGAGGAGGCGUACUUCUGCUCCAAGUUCUUCAACACCCUUCAUGCCAUCGAGGCCCCAAACUUCAACAGUCUGGUCUUCUACUCCCGAUCGUUCGAGGGACUGUCGAGCACCCUGCUGUGCAAGACGCAGUAUGAGGCGGCAGGGCUAGGCUUCUUCCUCAAGGACCUCUUGGAGAACGUCAAGGAAUGGCGGAAACCCAAGAACGAAGCGAUCUACAAGAUGGAGGCUGGCACGAAACACGGCUUUAAACUCGGCGACACGUCCCAGAGCGUUGUCGAGGGCAAGGCCCCUCAGCUCAAUCACGCCGCUUUCGUCAAGAUCUCAGGAGAAUGGAGUAUGCAGGUCACGAAGGCACUAAUGGCGGCAGUCGCCAGCGACGAGUUUUUGCUCAUCAAGUGCGGUCUCAUCAUGUACAACAAGCUCAUCGAGACCUUCCCGGUGUCCCUCAAGGAGCGGAAGUUGCUGUGCCUCAAGCUCCAGCCCAAGACCGACAAGGCCAUCGAGCCCCGGGAUGACAUUCGCGUUCCCUGCACCAGAAUAGUCAACCAGCUAAAUAAACAGAUUUCGAACUCCCCGCCGGACCCUGUCGCUCCCGGCCAGCGACCUGCUACCGCUUCCGCUAAAACCACAUCGGCUGGCGGAAGCGGUGCAACGUCUGGAAGAAUCGCUCCUGUCAGCACCACCACCUCCGGCAAAUCAGCAGCAGGCGGCGGCAGCCAGACCAGCCGGGGCAAGAGCAGCACAGCCCUGGGAUCAGCAGCAGCCGACGGCAAGGCGUCUGCUCUUUCCGCGACCGCUAAGCCUUACGUUCCAGCUCUCGCCGCAUCCGGCCGCGGCGAGUCUUCUUCCGCUUCGUCGGCGGCAACCAAGCAGUCGGGCAGUCAGACUGGCAAGAGGCAGCAGGCGAACAGCGGUUCUGUCGGCGGUGGCCAGGUUGUCAAGAAAGAGCCGGCUUCUUCUGCUGCCGCUGCGACGACGGCGACGACGGUGACAGCAUCGGGGGUGGCGAAGAGGGCGCGGGACGGUGGAGAGUCGGCCAGGCUGAAGCCGGCUAAGACGGCGAGGGUGGCCGCUGCUGUUGCCGUAGGCGAGCAAGAGCUGGGAGAGAUCGUGUCUGAGAAGAAGGCGCCGGCUGCCUCUUCGGCGGGAGGGGGGGAGGGAAAACACGCGCUGGCGACGCCUAGAGAUUCGAGGCCCCUUCGAAAGCCGGCAACAGCCUCCUCUUCUAACAACUCCUCCUCCGAAGCCGCUUCGAAAGCGGGGGGCAACUCAAAGCCUUCGACGACUUCGUCCACCUCCAAGCCUUCAUCGGCAGCUUCGGGGGCCCCGGCAGCGGCAACGGGGGCUUCGUCCAGGCAGUCGUCUACCAGCGCUCGGGCCACCGGUGGCCGCGAGCCUAGCGGCAGCAAGGUGGACUCCAAAGUCGCGUCUGCUUCGGGGUCUGGCACCACCACCGGUUCUUCACGUGGCGGGCGUGUGGUCAGGACUGCCAGCUCUACCGGUGACGGCGGUGGUGGCGGCGGCAGCAGCAGCAGCAACGGCGUGGAUGGCAAGGAUACGGGGAGGAGGUCUGGGGGACAGGGUGAGGGGGACAGGGAGAGGCGGGACAAGUCAGGGAGGACGAGCGAUGCCGACUCUCGCGCCAAGGCCUUGGCUUCCCAGGACAUGGGCGUGGAAGGUCCGGCAGCGCCACGCGAUUCCGGCAGUGGCAGUGGCACUCUCUCCGCCCGUCGCAACCGUGACUCUCGAGGAGGAGGACGAGGAGGAGGAGGAGGGGGUGCGGCCCUCCUCGGCAGUAUGUCGCGAACCAAUAGCAACAGCCGCUUGGCCAACGGCCGCAGCAGCGGCGGGGCUCAACCGAGCGAGCACGAUCGCCCUGGCGGGCGGGAGGCAGCAAGCCGUCACGGUGGCCACGCUCGAUGGGUGGACGAAGAUGGCCGCGAUGCUGCCAGCGGCGGUGGCGGUGGCGAUGCCGGGGGGGUGCGAUUCGAAGGCCCCGCUCGUGCGGGAGGGGGGCAACGGACGACGGCCGAAUCUAGCCGCAGCGGUGGCGGCGCCGGCUCCCGCGGAAGCAAGAGGGGACGCAGCGCUGAGCCUGAGCGAAGCGGGGGCAGAGACGGCGGCGUGUACGAUGGUCCCGGCAGCGGCGAGGGGGACCCUAGCCAGGCAUUCGACAGCAAGCGCAUGCGGCAGCCGGACCAGGCGAUGAUGCCGCAGCCGGAGGGCGGCGGCGGGAGAAGGGGCUACGCGAAAUCUUCGGUGGAUCGCUGGGGUCGGGGGUACGGGGGAGGCGGCGGUGGUGGAAUAUGGGAGCGGGAGGGGCCCGCCGCACCCAGUGAUGCCAACAGCGGGCGCUAUCAUGAUGACCUUAGGCACGGAGGGGGGGGCGGCGGCGGCGGCGGCGGCGGCGGCGGCGGCGGGGGAAGGAUGCAGAUGCCGUCUCACGAGGUGCCGGACAGGCCGGCGGCGUACGAAGCCCGCGGUAGGGGGAGGGUUGGGCGUUUGGGGGCGGUGAUGGACGAUGGCCAGGACAGGGGUGGCGGUGGUGGUCACCGUGAUGCGCGUGGCGGCGGUGGCGGCAGGGAAUACCCGUCCGAUGAGGACAUUCGUUCUCGGUCCUCGCGCGACAGCAAGAAGUCGAGAGGCGAAAGGCAGCGCGGCGGCAGCAACCGGGACGGUGACGGCGGCGGCGCGAGCGGGAGCGGCAGGAAGGACAAGAAGAAGAUCAGCAAGAACAAGAAGCGGAAGCACUGAGUCGGCCCCGAGAUGGCGCUCUUCGACCCAUGCGACACGCACGAGAGGAGGAAGGGCGGUUUGAUGACCCCUCCAAGUGUACCGGCAGAGCGCGAGACUGUUAACAUUGUUGGGGGGGCGGGGGGGCGGGGGGGUCGGUGCUUGCUCGGCAGGGAGCUCAGCCGGAUAUGGUGAUAGCGGUUGAUUCUGCAUCUGCAGCUGUCCUUCUCCAUUGUACUCCCCGCUGCCAAGAGCGGAUGUUUGUUUCGUUAGUUAAAACUGAUCGCGUCGAUUGCAGUACGAAACACCUGUUGUUCAAGUCACGAGGCAACGGACGUUUUUAUCAUAUGCAUGCAUAGCUUUGGAGCGGCUUUGGCAGCGGGGGGUGGUGACAACGGCAAAAGCACGAAUAGUGUAGUAGAGUCAGGUGAAUAUUCUGUUUAAAUGGGACUGUUUUUCAGGCAACAUUCGCCGUUCUGCUACGAAAGGUUUUUGCAUGACGAUUGAGUUUACGCUUGCGUGGAAUGGCAGUUGUACCACACCUACCUGCCGAGGACCGCAGGCGAGGACAUGAGGACAUAUAUGUGUAUUUCCGUGCAGUGUCGCCAACAACUGGUGGUGUGUUCGAUGCGGGCAACAAGAAGAGGACGGUUACCAAACAGUCGUAUGCAGAACACGGUUCGUGUUGAUGCGCCGUAUCUACAUGUAACAUGUAACCGCGGAGCGCUUCGAAGCUCGGGCAAGGGAUGGUGUGCUUUGCUUUGCACUCGCGGGCGGGCGUGUCCGCACCGGAGGUUAUCUUGUUACAUCCAUGUCCGCCGGGUAGCGCGUGUGUGAUUGUUUUG